AUGCAGCUUGAUGUCUAUCGCUGCGACGCCUACAAGUGCCACGGUAAUGUACCAAAGGACUUUGGUCACAAAGAAUACUUCCGAGGGCACCAGAAACGUUUGCAUGGAGUUUCGAACGGACAAGAGAUUGACGAAGCGUUUCAGCGUUGUCGGAUUCAAAUGCGAAACCCGCCACUUCAAAGUCUUUGUGGAUUCUGUGGAGACUCUUUCCAUGGAGCGAGCAGCUGGGACAGAAGAUUGCAUCAUGUUGGGCGCCACCUGAUGGAAGGAGACCAGUUGGAAAAGGAAACUGAAGAUGUUUUCCUAAGGAAUUGGGCUCUUGAGGAAGGUGUCCUGGAGAUCGUUCACGAUAAAUUUCAAUUAGUUGGACUGGCCAAUGUGCAUGAGGCUUCAUAA